GAAUUACCCGCGUCAAAAUCGCCGUCGUCUCUUCCCCUCCGGUCAACAUGAUUUUUCUGAAUCUCCAAAAUACCCUUAUUCAAUCCCCAGAUUUCCAACCCGUCAAUGCCAGAUCAAUAUCUAUUAUGUAGUGUCAUUUUCGUCAAUAAAAUAUAUUGCCUUUCCAUUCCCCAAUCUUCUUUCCAUUUUCUCAUGAAUAACCAAAUCCACCACCACCCACCCCCGAAAUUCCCUCCGUUCACAACGCCCAUAACCGCCGCCCUGUUGCAGGAAUCCCUCCGACCAUGAGCUCCACCAAAAACCGCCGGAAGGUGGCUCCGUCAGCCGCUGAUUCCGGUGACUCCGCCGAUAAACUGGACCAGCUUCUUCUUUCUUCGGCGAUCUGCAACGGCGAGGAUCUAGCUCCGUUUGUACGAAAAGCCUUUGCCUCCGGGAAGCCGGAGACUCUGCUUCAUCACCUACGCGCCUUCUCCAAGUCCAAGGAAUCGGAGAUCGAAGAGGUCUGCAAGGCUCACUAUCAGGACUUCAUCCUUGCAGUUGAUGACCUCCGAUCUCUUUUAUCUGAUGUUGAUUCUCUUAAAUCUGCUCUCUAUGAUUCCAACUCCAAGCUUCAAUCUGUUGGUCUUCCGUUACUUUCUUCUUUGGAUGCCUUCGUUGAAGCACGGACGGUGUCGCGGAACCUCAAUCUCGCGCUUGACUCAGUCCGCGCCUGUGUUAAUACCAUUGAGCUUUGCUCGAGAGCGAACAAACACUUGGAGGAAGGCAAUUUCUACAUGGCUUUGAAAUGCUUGGACUCUAUUGAUAACGAGUAUUUGGAGAAAACGCCAUCGUCGACGCUGAAGAGGAUGUUGGAGAAGAAUAUUCCUGAUAUUCGUUCGUAUAUAGAGAGGAAAGUAAGUAAAGAGUUUGGGGAUUGGCUGGUAGAUAUCCGAGCCGUCAGUCGAACUUUGGGGCAAUUAGCUAUCAGUCAAGCGUCGUCGGCUCGUCAACGUGAAGAGGAUCUGCGAAUCAAGCAGCGCCAAGCAGAGGAACAGAGUCGGCUUAGCUUAAGAGAUUGUGUGUACGUUUUGGAGGAAGAGGAUGAAGACGGCCUUGGUGUAGUCGGGGAUGAUGCGAAGGAUUUGUAUUCCAACGGCGGAGGUGGACUUCUAGGGUUUGAUUUGACUCCGUUGUACAGAGCCUACCACAUACACCAGACUUUAGGACUUGAAGAUCGAUUCAAACAGUAUUACUUUGAGAACCGGAAACUUCAGUUAACAUCCGACUUUCAGGUAUCAUCAAUGACUCCUUUCCUUGAAUCGCAUCAAACGUUUUUCGCUCAAAUUGCUGGAUUUUUCAUUGUGGAGGAUAGGAUUUUUAGGACCAGUGGGGGUCUAAUAUCAAAAAUGGAGGUUGAGAAUCUAUGGGAAACUGCUAUGGGUAAAAUGUGUUCUGUUCUGGAAGAUCAGUUUUCUAGGAUGCAAACUGCGAAUCAUCUUUUGUUAAUCAAGGACUAUGUGAGUUUGUUAGGAGUAACUUUGCGUAGAUAUUGGUAUCCAGUUGAACCUUUGCUAGAUGUUUUGAGCAAGCACCGGGAUAAGUAUCACGAGCUGUUGAUAUCAGAUUGCCGUAAACAGAUUACUGAGGCAUUGUCAGCUGACAAAUUUGAGCAAAUGCUGAUGAAAAAAGAGUAUGAAUAUUCAAUGAAUGUUUUAUCAUUUCAGUUGCAAGUUUCAGAUAUUGUACCUGCUUUUCCCUUUGUUGCACCAUUUUCCUCCACAGUGCCCGACUGCUGUCGAAUCGUGAGGUCUUUCAUUGAGGAUUCUGUGAGCUUUAUGUCAUAUGGUGGGCAGCUAGAUUUCUAUGAUGUUGUAAAGAAAUAUUUGGAUAGGCUAUUGAGUGAAGUACUAGAUGGAGCCUUGUUGAAGCUAAUUAGUACAUCUGUUCAUGGAGUCUCUCAGGCCAUGCAAGUGGCAGCAAAUAUGGCUGUCUUCGAGCGUGCUUGUGAUUUCUUUUUCCGUCAUGCUGCUCAGCUUUCUGGUAUUCCACUAAGAAUGGCUGAGAGGGGUAGGAGACAGUUUCCACUGAGCAAAGCUCGUGAUGCAGCAGAAGAGACUCUUUCGGGGUUGCUUAAAACAAAGGUUGAUGGUUUCAUGAUGUUGAUUGAGAAUGUUAACUGGACCCCUGACGAGCCUCUACAAAAUGGUAACGAAUAUGUAAAUGAGGUUAUUAUAUAUUUGGAAACUCUGGUUUCCACAGCUCAACAGAUAUUGCCUGUUCAAGUCCUUAAAAGAGUAUUACACGAUGUUCUUUCUCACAUAUCCGUGAUGAUCGUUGGAGCCUUACAAGCAGAUUCAGUAAAGAGGUUUAAUGUUAAUGCUGUAAUGGGGAUUGAUGUGGAUAUCAAAUUGUUGGAAGGUUUUGUGGAUAGUCAAGCUCCUAUUUUUGCGGAUGAGGAUAUAAAUCAGUUAAAAGCAGCUCUUUCUGAAGCAAGACAAAUGAUUAAUUUGCUUUUGAGCAGUCAUCCAGAAAAUUUCCUGAAUGCAGUUAUUCGGGAGAGAAGUUACUACAGUCUGGACCACAAGAAAGUUGUCACAAUAUCUGAGAAGCUAAAAGAUUCUUCAGAUCGAUUAUUCGGAACCUUCGGAACUCGCACUAUGAAGCAGAAUCCGAAAAAGAAAUCACUGGAUACUUUGAUAAAAAGACUCAGGGAUGUGAGCUAAUUGAGAUAAGCAUUGCUUUUCCUAUUUGUUUCUGCUGGUGAUUGAGAUGGCAGUUUUCUCUUAUUGGUUCUUUCCUAACUUUAUUUCCUCUGUCUCCCAAUUGUUGUCUUCUGUUUGAUUAGAGAUGUGCACAUUUUUGUAUAUUAUCACAUUUAUGUAGUUGUUUCAUACUUGAUUAUCUUUGGAAAGUGUCAGCAGAAAACAUCCAUGGAGAUUCGGACUCGAAAUACGGUGCUGGUGAUAGUAUUUUCUGAGCUGAAAACUGGCCGCAUCAGAGACUGGUGAUGAGAACUGAACCAAGUCCAUAUUUUGUGGAUUACUCAUAGACAUAAAGGUUUACAUGGGCUUCCCCCAUAAAAUCAUUAAUUGAGUUCACAGUGAAUACCGCUUACAACUGGUAAUUUGUCAUUUGCUUUUAGUGUUGCCAUUCUUUUAAUGAUAAUCUUCCAGUUUUAUUCAUAUAUUAUUUUUUUUUUUUUUACGUUGUCACGUUGACAUGACUGUUUAUAUGACCAUCAUGCAGGAUAGAGUAGUAUAUUUUGGGGUUUACCCAUUUAA